AUGAAUAGCACUGAAUAUACUCAAAGCAAAUAUAAAAGCAAUGAUGAAUUAGGAAUUCUUUCUCAUGAAGCUGAGAUGAUUGUUGGAAAAGAUAAUCAGUAGGCAUUUUAGCUGCUUCAAAAAGCUCUUAAAAUUAAUGAAAAAGAUCCAAAAGUAAACAAAGUUAUGGCCUACUACUAUCAUUACUAAAGAAUGUUUAAGCAAUCCAUUUAGCAUGCAUCUCGCUCUUUGCAUUAUUUAAAGGACUUUAGCAGAGAGUAUAAUCCAAAGAAGAUUUUUGCAGAUGAUCUCUUUUUUAUAGGCGAUUCUUAUUUCUAUGAAGGCUAAUACAAUUCGGCAGAAAAAGCAUUUUAAUAAUUAAUAAGUACGAAUACUCAAUCAACAGAUUUAUUUACAAUAGAGCAAGUAAAGGCAAAGCUAUAGCAGAUAGAAUAAAUAAAGAAUUUAUCAAUAAGGGAGUCAAAUAGCUCACAGAAUUAUAAUGAUAACAAAGUAGCUCAGGAAUUCAUAUAAAAAAUGAAAGAAUGCGAAAAAAAUUAAUAUAUGAGAAUGCAUGGAAUGCCUGUUUUAUUAAUACCAAAUAGAUGGUUUGAACUUUGGAAAAAAUAUGUUAGCUAUUAAUAAGUUUAAGAAUAGCUAGAUGAAAGUCAUGCUUAAUCUAAAUCAAGCAGUAAGAAGAGUAGUGAACAAGAAAAAAAAAGUAGAAAAGGAAGUAACACAAGUAAUUAAAAACAAAGCGAUGAAGAAAAUAGCAACAGCAAACUUAGCGAUUAGUAAAAAUCCAAUUCAAAGCAAUCAAAUAGCAUAAAAAACGAUUUCGAAUGUGAAGAAAUAGAUUAUCAGUAUGUUUAUCCAGGAUCAAUAGAGUGUGGGGAAAUUCUUGAAACAUAUCCUAUUUUAAAUGCAAAUUUAGGUGUUGACCCUGACAAAGUUAAGCAAUUUUGCAACUUAGUAAUAAAGAAAGACGCCUAGGAGAAUAGCGAUUUUGUCAUAUUUCCUGCUCCAGUAGGGAAAGUAUUGUUAGAUAAAUAUGGUGGAGUUAGAGUUAAGCGCUUAUUAUUAUCAAUCUAAGAUGAUACUCAAAUCACCUAAGUAGAAAUCUACCCUAUGAGAAUAGAUUUUAUUGUUAUUCCUCAUUUUUCUUCUAAUCUGAAUGACCAAAUAGUUUACAAGACUUACAUAAAUAAAAAAGAAACUGUUUAAAAUUUAAAAUAAAAGAUUUUUAGGAUUCUUUCUGCAAAAAAUGGAAACACAAAUAUAAUUUCUCCCACCGUUUGUAAAUUGUGGCGAUGUGAUAACUAAGUCAACUAUAAGCAGCUUAUUAAAAGCUACGAAAGUAGAGAAAAUAGUUAAGUUUACAUUAAUGCCAAGCUAAUUGAUAAUUCCAGCUGUCCCUUAGAUGAAGCAGAAAUAGCUGAAUUUGAUCUACUUAUCGUGGAAUAUAGAGGAUAAGAUGGUGAAUGGGUAUUUUAGAAUGAAAGCGAAAGAUUGGUUGUAAAUGUGUGUGGAUUCUGUGGUAGAAAGGAUGAUGAUUUAUAUUACUGUGAAUGCUAAUUAAUUAGAUAUUGUAAUUAUGAGUGCUAAAAAAAACAUAGAGUCAAACAUAGGAAUUUAUGCUAGUAAACUAAAGAUGAAUAAAGACAAAAAAAGGAGAUCUUGGAUAAAUUCAAAAUAAAAACUAAUAGAAAAUAAUCUGAUAGAGUGGCAAAUGGUGUUUGUGGUUUGUAAAAUUUAGGAAAUACUUGCUUUAUGAACUCGGCUUUAUAAUGCCUAAGUAAUGUUCAAGAUUUAAGUGAGUUCAUGAUUUAGGAUAAAUUUAUUCAUGACUUAAAUAAAGAUAAUCCUUUGGGAACCGGUGGAUAUUUAGCUGCUUCAUAUGCAGAACUCAUUAAGGAUAUGUGGAGAGGAUCUGACAGCUAUUCUUCACCAUGGGAUCUUAAAAAGAUUAUUGGGAGAUUUGCUCCUUAAUUUAGUGGAUACAGUCAACAAGAUUCUCAUGAGCUACUAUCUUAUUUAUUGGAUGGAAUUCAUGAAGAUUUAAAUAGAGUUAAAAAGAAACCACUUGUUAAUUAAAUUGAAUCAGAUGGAUAGAACGACCUAGAGGUAGCAUUGAAAAGUUGGGAAAAUUAUUAGAAAAGAAAUCGCUCAAUUAUAGUUGAUUUAAUGGUUGGACAAUUUAAAUCAACUAUUAACUGCCCAACAUGUAAUAAGAUAUCAGUUACUUUUGAUCCUUAUAUGGCCAUUUCAGUCCCUGUUCCUUCUAUAGCUUUUCUUUCAAUAAAUGUUUAUAUUCAAUUUAAAGAUGAAGUCUCACUCAUUCAAACUAAUUACAAUAUGAGAGGUUAAGAUAGUAUGAAUGAUCUCAAACUAUUGAUAGCCAGAGAAUUCAAAAAAGAUCCUGACACCUUAGAAAUGGCAGUUUAAGACAAGAAUUUGUCUGACUUUAAAUUACUGAGUGGUAGAGAGAGUGUAGAGACAAUUAAUAGUCAAAAAGAUUUAUUAUUGUUCUGUCAUGAAAGAUAUUGUGCUAAAUAUGACAAAGAUAUACCUGCUGAAGAAAAUAAAAGAAUAGUACUCAAAAUAGGUAUUUAUACAAUAAAUAAAAGAGAUAAAUAGCCUGAAGUAAAUACAUAUCAAAGAAUUAUUUAUAUUGGUCAGAACACAAGUUAUGAGCUGAUUCAUGUCAAAGUAUGGCAGAUCUAUAGAUUUUAGAUAGCUAAAUUUGUUAACGAUAACUAAGAGAUAAAGUUUAAAGUUAAUCUUGAAAAAGAUAGUAUGGAAUAUUUACUUGAAGAAUAUAAAAAAUUUUUGAAAUUUAGUUCAAACAAUUCAUUGUAGUAUCAAAUUAAAAUCAAUGAAGAAAUUACUAUUGAUUUUGAUUCCUCAAAAUCACUUUUUUCGGAAUUUGAGUAAAUUGCCAAACAAGAAAGAUUAAUAGAAAUAAAUAUUGGACUCUAUACCUAGUUGAAUGAAAUUGAAAAUAUAAAUGCCGUUACUGAUAAGACCAAGUCUAAAGCGGAAUACAAUUUAUAUGAUUGUUUAGAUUUGUUCACAUAAAAAGAAGUCUUGGAUAAAGGAAACGAGUGGUACUGUAAUGUUUGCAAAUAACACAAAUAAGCAUCAAAGAGAAUGGAAAUAUUUGAUACUCCCAAAAUAUUAAUUAUCCACAUUAAGAGAUUCCGUACAAGCAGAGUCUCUUCGAUUGGUAAUUUCUACUUCCAAAGUGGAGGAUAGAAAUUAGAUGAUUUUAUAAAUUUCCCAAUAAAUGGUCUGAAUUUGAGCAAGUACGUAUUAUCGCAUUAAUACAAAUAAACAAACGAACCUCUUUUAUAUGAUCUUUUCGCUGUUUCCAACCACUAUGGAAGCAUGUCAGGAGGUCAUUAUACUGCCUAUGCAAAAAACCCUAUUUACAAUAAAUGGUUUGACUUUAAUGACUCCUCUGUUUCAGAAUCCUCAACAAAAGAAAUUGUAUCAAAAGCAGCCUAUGUCUUAUUUUAUAAGAGAAGGGAAAAAUCUGUUACAAACUAUUGA